AUGUGUUUCCGCGAGAAAAUCGAUGACCCCACUCAACAAGCCUUCCGGGUGACGACCUCCGAAGCAGGAGAAGAGUAUCAACAGGUUGAGGCUAAGAGGCGCAAGGAGAAGAGACAGCCGCAUUCAGAAGAUGGUGCCAUCCAACGCGGCGAAGAAUCACUCCGAAAGACAUCUCAAUCCCCGAAUCCCGAGCCUAAGCCUACCAAUACCAGUUCACAGUCACGCCCUAUUGACAAAGCAGCGCUCCGCAAGAAGUACUCGAAAAAGAGGGACGACAACCCACCAACAGCUGCCAACUUUGAUUGUUCACCCAGCUAG